AUGGCCCAAAACAACAGAGCCAAGACCCUUCGUGCCCUCCACCAACCCGGCAACGCCCUGCUUCUGACAAACGUCCACGAUGCAGCAACAGCCUCACUGAUCGCCUCACUGCCAACCGCCGCCGCCAUCGCAACAGCCUCCUACGCCAUCGCCGCCUCGAUCGGCGUAGAUGAUAACGCACUCACAAAAUCCCAGAACCUGACUGCGAUAGCCGCCAUUGCAUCCGCUGUUCGCGCCAUAAAUCCCGCAAAGCCACUAACCGUCGAUCUGCAGGACGGUUACGGCGAUACGGCCCAGUUGGCCGAUACCAUUAAGCAGGUCAUCGCAUUAGGCGCUGUUGGGUGUAACAUUGAAGAUAUGGAUGCGGCGGGUGUGCUGCGGUCGGUGGGUGAGGCUGCCCAGCGGGUGGAGACUGUGGUUAAGGCUGCGGCGGAGGCGGGCGUUCCCGACUUCGUUGUUAACGCCCGGACGGAUGUUUUGGGGGCCGGCGGAACCAUUGAUCAGGCUAUCGAGCGUGGCAAGGCAUUUUUGGAAGCUGGCGCUUGUACGGUGUUUGUUUGGGGUGGGCCGAGUGGGAGAGGCGUUUCAAGUGAGGAGAUAAGGAGAUUGGUUUGUGCUUUGGGUGGAAUGGUCAAUGUGAAGAUGAAUCUUAGGGAGGGCUUUCUUGGUGUGAAAGAGAUUCGGGAACUGGGUGUUGCGAGGAUUAGUGUCGGCCCUGAGCUGUGGAAAAUCGCUAUGAAGGCUUUUACUGAUCAAGCAGAGAGCUUGUUAGCUUUGUGA